CCGCCGUUAAGCACCCCAAAGAAGAGCAGUAGUAGCAGCAGCCACAGCCCUCCUCCUUGCCACUGGACCAAAAUAGACAGUUUAGGGCUGUGCAGCUGACAUCAACCAGAAAUGGCUGCCACCGGAGUUCUUCCCUUCAUUAGGGGGGUAGACCUCAGUGGAAACGACUUCAAAGGUGGGUACUUCCCAGAACAUGUCAAGUGUAUGAGCAGUCUGCGAUGGCUGAAGCUGAACAGAACAGGAUUGUGUUACCUGCCAGAGGAGCUGGCCUCUCUGCAGAAGCUGGAGCAUCUUUCAGUGAGUCACAACAGCCUGACCACGUUACAUGGAGAACUGUCCAGCUUACCGAACCUACGGGCGGUGGUAGCCAGAGCCAACAACCUGAAAAACUCUGGAGUCCCAGAUGACAUCUUUCAACUGGAUGAUCUCUCUGUGCUGGAUCUGAGCUACAAUCAGCUGACAGAGAUCCCCAGGGACCUGGAGAACAGCAGGAACAUGCUGGUACUGAAUCUGAGCCACAACAGUAUUGACGCAAUCCCCAACCAGCUGUUCAUCAACCUGACAGACCUGCUGUACUUAGACCUGAGCGACAACAAGUUGGACAGCCUGCCACCACAGAUGAGACGCCUGGUGCACCUGCAGACUCUCAUACUGAACAACAAUCCACUGAUGCAUGCCCAGCUGCGACAGCUGCCGGCCAUGGUAGCAUUACAAACUCUCCACCUGAGGAAUACCCAGAGGACCCAGAGCAACAUGCCCACCAGCCUGGAGGGACUGACGCAUUUAGCAGAUGUUGACCUGUCAUGCAACGACCUGACUCGGGUGCCAGAGUGCCUCUAUUCACUUGGCAGCCUAAAGAGACUCAACCUGAGCAGUAAUCAGAUCUCUGAACUCUCACUCUGCAUUGACCAGUGGACUCAGCUGGAGACGCUCAACCUGAGCCGCAACCAGCUCACCUCACUGCCUUCUGCCAUCUGUAAGCUGUCCAAGCUGAAGAAGCUGUAUGUAAACUCCAACAAACUGGACUUUGAUGGAGUUCCACCAGGCGUGGGCAAACUCUCCAGCCUCACUGAGUUCAUGGCUGCCAACAACAACCUGGAACUCAUCCCUGAGGGACUCUGCAGGUGUGGCAAGUUGAAGAAGUUGGUGCUGAAUAAAAACCGCCUGGUGACGCUGCCUGAGGCAAUCCACUUCUUGACUGAGUUAGAGAUUCUGGAUGUGCGUGAGAACCCCAACCUGGUGAUGCCUCCUAAGCCAGUGGACAGAGCAGCAGAGUGGUACAACAUUGACUUCUCCCUACAGAACCAGCUCCGACUUGCUGGGGCCUCGCCUGCAACUGUAGCUGCUGCUGGAGGAGGAGUCAGUCCCCGAGACCACCUGGCGAGGAAGAUGAGGCUAAGAAGGAGGAAGGACUGUUCUCAGGAUGAUCAGGCAAAGCAGGUGCUGAAGGGCAUGAGUGACGUUGCGCAAGAGAAGAAGAACUUAGAGGAGAACGGCGAUUUGAAAUAUGGUGAUUUAAAGAUCCGACGCUGGGACAAGAGUCUAGAGAAGCCUCAGCUGGACUACUCUGAGUUCUUUAUGGAGGACGUGGGGCAGGUUCCAGGUGUAACCGUGUGGCAGAUAGAGAACUUUGUUCCCAUGCAAGUGGAUGAAACUUUUCAUGGCAAGUUCUAUGAGGCAGACUGCUACAUCAUCCUCAAGACCUUCCUGGACGAUAAUGGUGCACUGAACUGGCAGAUCUACUACUGGAUCGGCCAGGAAUCCACGCUGGACAAGAAGGCAGGCUCUGCCAUCCAUGCUGUCAACCUGAGAAACUUCCUCGGAGCAGAGUGCAGGACGAUAAGGGAAGAGAUGGGAGAUGAGAGCGAGGAGUUCAGCGCUGUGUUUAACAAUGAGAUCUCCUACAUUGAGGGAGGAACAGCUAGUGGAUUCUACACUGUGGAGGACACACACUAUUCUGUCAGGUUAUACAGAGUUUAUGGCAAGAAAAACAUUAGACUGGAGUCUGUACCUGUGAAGGCCUCCUCCCUCGACCCUCGCUAUGUCUUCCUGUUGGACACAGGGCUGGAAAUCUUUGUCUGGCGAGGAGGCAAUGCUACGCUCAGCGGCACCACAAAGGCCAGGUUAUUUGCAGAAAAGAUAAAUAAGAAUGAGCGUAAGGGGAAGGCAGAGAUCACAACCCUCAUGCAGAACCAGGAGCCUCCAGGGUUCUGGGAGGUGCUGGGAGGACAACCAGAGGAGAUCAAGAAACACGUACCAGAUGACUUCUCGCCCAUCAGACCUAAACUGUACAAGGUGGGCUUGGGUCUGGGCUACCUGGAGCUGCCUCAGAUUAACUACAAGCUGUCAGUGGAGCACAAAGACAGCAAGAUCAAACUGGACACCCUGCCAGAGCUGAGACUGUUGCAGUCUCUGCUGGACACAAAGUGCGUGUACAUCCUGGACUGCUGGUCUGACGUGUUCAUCUGGAUCGGGAGGAAGUCUCCCCGUCUGGUCCGAGCCGCCGCUUUAAAACUGGGUCAGGAGAUCUGCUCCAUGCUGCACCGGCCCAAACACGCCUGCGUCACCCGCAACCUGGAGGGCACCGAGUGUCAGGUGUUUAAGUCCAAGUUUAAGAACUGGGAUGAUGUGUUGAAGGUGGACUACACCAGAGCAGCUGAGACUGUUCAACAGACUGACAACCUGCAGGGCAAGGUGAAGAAGGACGCCGAGCAGAAAGACCAGAUGAAAGCUGACCUCACAGCUCUCUUCCUCCCCAGGCAGCCAGCCAUGCCCCUCACUGAGGCGGAGCAGUUGAUGGAGGAGUGGAACGAGGACCUGGAUGGCAUGGAGGGAUUCGUGCUGGAGGGAAAGAAGUUUGCUCGCCUGCCAGAGGAGGAGUUUGGACAUUUCUUCACACAGGACUGUUACGUCUUCCUCUGCAGAUACUGGGUGCCUGUGGAGUAUGAGGAUGAGGAGAAGGAGAAGAAGGAGGGAGGAGAAGGUGGUGGAAGAGGAGGAGGAGGGGGAGAGGAAGAGGAGGAUGAUAAACAGCCGGAAGAGGACUUCCAGUGUGUGGUGUACUUCUGGCAGGGCAGGCAGGCCUCCAACAUGGGCUGGCUCACCUUCACCUUCUCCCUGCAGAAGAAGUUUGAGAGUCUGUUCCCUGGAAAACUGAAGGUGGUGCGUAUGACCCAGCAGCAGGAGAACCUCAAGUUCCUGUCUCAUUUCAAGAGGAAGUUCAUCAUCCACAAAGGGAAGAGGAAACAGAAGACCGACUCUGCCCAGCCCUCCCUCUACCACAUACGCACCAAUGGCAGCGCACUUUGCACCAGGACCAUCCAGAUUGGAACAGAUUCAAGCAAUCUCAACUCAGAGUUCUGCUUCAUACUCAAGGUACCAUUUGAGAGCACAGACAAUCAGGGCAUCGUUUACACCUGGGUGGGCAGAGCUGCCGACCCUGAUGAAGCCAAACUGGCUGAGGACAUCAUGAACAGCAUGUUCGAUGACACAUAUAGCAAACAGGUAAUUAAUGAGGGGGAGGAGCCAGAGAACUUCUUCUGGGUGGGGAUUGGUUCUCAGAAGGCGUACGACGAGGAUGCCGAUUAUAUGAAACACGCUCGGCUCUUUAGGUGUUCGAAUGAGAAGGGAUAUUUCUCUGUGUCGGAGAAAUGCUCAGACUUCUGUCAGGACGAUUUGGCCGAUGAUGACAUCAUGUUGCUGGACAAUGGCAAAGAGGUUUACAUGUGGGUCGGUACUCAGACCAGCCAGGUGGAGAUCAAGCUCAGUCUGAAAGCCUGCCAGGUUUACAUCCAGCACAUGCGCUCUAAGGAAGCUGAACAACCGAGGAAGCUCCGCCUGGUGCGGAAGGGAAACGAGCCCCACUGCUUCACACGCUGCUUCCACGCCUGGGGGGCUUUCAAAACUCCCCCCUCGUAGACAGACACUCUCUGAAAUCGCACACAUGCUCCAAAACGCCUACAUACAGAUUGAUUCGCUGCCAUGUCAUUUUCUACCGGUAAGAUGAUGAUGAUGAUGAUGAUGAUGAUGAUGAUGUCUAUGCCUAUAACCCAGCUUUACCUACCCUCCAUCCUGCUCAGUGCUGCUGUUCAACAGCCCUUUGGUUGACAAGUUACUGUUGGAGUCCGCAGACAAAAACAGAUUUUAGUUUAGCACAACAUCCCAGUCAGUGAAAUUCUUCUGGUUUUAAAAAGCUGUUGUCUUGAUUUCAUGUCUCCGGGACAAAUAUCAGUUUUUCUACAAGCUUUUUUUAGCUGCAAGUCUAAAUACUGUUGUUGAAUGAAAGAAGAGAAUUAUGUUUUGAGAUAAAAUAGAUCUAAAGUGUACAGAGGCUUUAUAAAAACCCAAAGGGAGGUGGGUGAAUCCCAUAACAUAUCGAUCUGUUCUUGCUGCUUUCACGUGGCUUGUGCUGCAUGGUCAGUAGUUUUCAUUGGAGGACGGAGAGCCGCUCCUCCGUGCCAUUUUGUGCAGAUCAUUUGAAGCAGUUUACGGCAGAUACAAAUUGAUUUUACGGUUUUCUCUCCAUCAUUGUGGGACUGAACAGAAAACAGCACUAUAAUUGUUUUUCUGAGGAAUGUUGGUUUAUACAUAUAUAUAUAUAUUUUUCUGUUGUGUGGACUGUUCAUGGUAUGUGUGUGUUUACCCCAUACGCCUUUACUGAAAUGGGGUCUGCCCCUUUCCCAAGGUCUGUUUGAUCUCUGUUCUCACCUCCUCUGACUUGACCACUGAUCUGAAACUUCAUUGGCCGAGAUCUGUUUCAAUCUAUCAAAAUAUGAUUCUGAUGUAAAGAUGCUUUGGAUAGUAAUUUCCUCAGCCACAUGAAAGUUUAAACGGUUACAUUUAUUUGGCCAAGGAAAGCUUGAGGUCAGCGUGCAAGUAAUAGAUUGUGAGACAGAGCCUUGUUUUAUGUUUAAGGACAAAUGUUUAAAUGUGCAAUCAGUAGUGCCCGGGAGAUCCUGAGACAAAGUAACAGUACUGUGUUGUACGUUACCGGCUGCAUUCAACCUGUCAAAAUGUUUAUUUUCUUGCUAUUCUGGAGCGGUGAGGGUAAGAGAAGCUCAAGAGUUUCUUUCUAAAGUUUAGCGUUAUUGUUUUUGAAAAAGUAAAAGUGAAAUGUCUAAAAUUCUACAGGUUUGAAAAUGAAGACAGUUUAGUCAGACACUGAUCUUAAAGUGUUGCUUUCUUUUUCAAAAAUCUUCCUCGUUCUGGAUCGAAACUUACUGUUUUUUAAAGUUGCUAAUUUUAAUGGGAGAUCUCUUGCACCAUAUCAGAGACAUAUCUUAAUAAAUAUAGUAACUGGUGGUUCCACUGAUCUCAGAUCAGUAGUCGACAUAUAUGGUUAACUGAUGAUCAGUGGCACCAGUGUCAACUUUCAGAGUACUAAACUGCUGCGAUGUGUCUUGUGAUCACGUGACCUGUGUGGUAUGCAUUGGUCCGAGCCAGAUAUCUAUGUCCCAGAUGGCUGCAAGUUCCAUCAUUUAGUUUCUUUAUACUAUAUUUUGUGGGGUGAACUGUAUGCCUGUUAGUGUGUCGAGUCCUACACACGUGUAUGUGUGUAUACAAAUACGUGCACAUGCUCCUGAUGCCACCUGCAGAUGCUUUAUUUAUGUAUUUUAUAUAAAAAUAAAAUCUCACAUCACAUACUUA